UUGACCCCUCACAUCAAAGCAUUUUCAGAAAGUUUGAUUUGAAACGAUUGAAGUUUGAAAUUGAAUUUAAAAAAAGAUACUAUUUUAUAGUUAACUAGUAUUCAAUUAAUAAGUUCCUAAUAAGUGCGAAACCACACCUGUCUUAACGUAGGACGUUGAGUUCUUUAAUUUUAAUAAAAUGGGUGAUGAGGAUGUAAUACGAAGAAGGCUUCUGAUAGACGGUGACGGAACAGGAGACGAUCGUCGUCUUAAUGUUUUGUUAAAAACAUUAAUAAAAUGGUGUAACAGUUCAGAUGAAAAAUCUGAAGAGAGUAAAUCAACACAAUAUGAUAGAAUGUUAGCUCAACUUGCUCAAUGUGAAUUCGCUGUAACUAAAUCUCAACUCGGCUCUGAAAUGAUGGCCGCAGAACUGCAGAGCUACGAAUCGUUAUCUAAAAUUCUAGAAAACGGCAUAGAAAUAGCGAAAGACAAUAUAGAAAAGAGCAAAGCUGAUUUAGCUCAAGCAAAAACGGUGCGGAAGAAUCGUAUAGAGUAUGAUGUAUUAGCGAAAGUGAUAAGUGAACAGCCUGAUAGGAAGGAAACUUUAGAACGUCUCGGUACACUGAAAACGGAAUUAAGUAGUCUUGAAACAACGAAACAACAGUUAGAGAGUCGAUUGUCAUUGAGGAAGAAACAAUUCCACGUGCUUGUGACGUCGAUACAUCAGUUGCAAGCAUUGUUAGACGAACCUGAUGAUUUGGAAUCUAUUUCCGACGAUGUCGAAAUGAAGGAUAUUGUCAAUUGAUUUAGCUAUUAAGAAAACUAUUUUUGAUAAUAAAUUUUUUUGAAUAUUGCAACUGU